AUGUCUGGUGAAGAGGAUUGGGAGAAUGAAAUUGAUAACGCACCUGCCUGUGUUCCAAACUUCAGCAACUUGGAGCCAGCAUUCCAGGAGCGCAAUCAAAAUAAUUAUUCAUCCAACAAUGAUUUCAAUCAAAACUUUGGAUCAACCGAGAGUGCUUUUGGAAACAGAAAAGGUAGUGACUACAACCAAGAUUUGAAGUCUUCGGAAACAGGAUUUGGAAACCGAAGAGGUAGAGGUCGAGGUGGAUAUGGCAUGUUCAACAAAGAUUUGGAUUCUAAUGAUAACCAGGAGAGUGGAGGAUUUUCUAAUAAAGAAAAUGGGUCAUUUGGCGAUGGUCCUAAGCGCGGUGGUUUUCAGAGAGGAGGUGGUUUUAAUGAUGAUUCAUCUGGUUCUGGAAGAGGACGGAGGGGUGGUAGAGGAGGUUCUGCAUUUUCUGGAUUUGGUAGCGGAAAUGCAAAUCAGCAGACAGGUUUUACUAGCCAUGAUGGUUUUCAAAAUGAAACUUCUAGUUUUGGAAGGGGAAGGCGAGGUGGAAGAGGUGGUUCUUUUUCUGGUGAACGAGACGGUGGCAGGGGAAGAGGUUUUGGAAGGGGUGGCUUUAGAGGAAGGAAUGAAGAAGUGGGGGUGGAGUCGGGUAAAGGGGCAGAGGAAUUUGAAAGUUCUAAUCAAGCGCCGAAGGUGACAUAUAUUCCCCCUCCGCCACCAGAAGAGGAAGCCGAUAUCUUUAAACAUUACCAGUCUGGCAUUAACUUUGACAAAUAUGAUGACAUUGUGGUUGACGUCUCUGGAAGUGAUGCUCCACCAGCAAUACUGACUUUCGAAGAAGCCAGUCUUCCUGGUACACUAACAAAAAAUGUUGAGAAAGCUGGAUAUGUAAAAUUGACUCCUAUACAGAAACAUAGUAUUCCUAUUAUACUGGCUAGUCGUGAUUUAAUGGCUUGUGCACAGACAGGAUCUGGAAAAACGGCUGCUUUUCUUUUGCCGAUUUUGGCUCACAUGAUGGUUAAAGGUGUUGAAUCUAGUUCGUUUCAACUGCUUAAAGAGCCAGAAGCAAUUAUUAUUGCUCCUACAAGAGAACUGAUCAAUCAGAUCUAUCUAGAUGCCCGUAAAUUUGCAUACGGAACAUGUAUUCGCCCAGUUGUGAUUUAUGGAGGAACACAGACAGGGCACUCAUUAAGACAGAUCUCUCAAGGAUGCAACAUUCUCUGUGCAACCCCUGGAAGAUUAUUGGAUAUCAUCAAGAAGGAGAAGAUUGGUUUAAGUAAGAUACGCUUCCUUGUGUUGGAUGAAGCUGAUCGUAUGUUGGAUAUGGGCUUUAAGGAAGACAUUGAAACUUUGUUGCACAGUCCUGGAAUGCCGAGUACAGAAAACAGACAAACACUCAUGUUCAGUGCUACUUUUCCUACACAAAUACAGCGCCUUGCCAGAGAAAUUCUGAAGCCAGAUUACUUAUUUGUUGUGGUUGGCCAAGUUGGUGGUGCUUGCAGUGAUGUGGAACAGCAGGUCAUUGAAGUUGAGGAAUAUGGAAAGAAAGACAAGUUGAUGGAAAUCCUACAGGAGAUAGGCCAUGAGCGAACAAUGGUGUUUGUGAAAACUAAGAAGAAAGCAGAUUUCAUUGCUGCAUUUCUCUGUCAGGAAAAAGUCCCAUCAACCAGUAUUCAUGGUGACCGGGAACAAAGAGAGCGAGAGAUAGCCUUAAACGAUUUUAGGACAGGACAGUGUCCCGUAAUUGUUGCCACUUCGGUUGCUGCCAGAGGAUUGGACAUUGAAAAUGUCCGUCAUGUCAUCAAUUUUGAUAUACCAGAUGAUAUCGAUGAAUAUGUUCAUAGAAUUGGACGUACUGGACGGUGUGGCAAUACAGGAAGAGCAAUCUCGUUUUUUAAUAGAAAGGGCAACGAUGAACAAAAUAUUGCUCGUUCACUUGUGAAAGUCUUAAGUGAUGCACAUCAAGAAGUACCUGCUUGGCUUGAAGAGAUCGCAUUUAGUGCCCACGGGAUGCCUGCCUAUAAUCCACGAUCAAAUACGUUUGCAUCUACAGAUGACAGAAAGAGAGGAGACACUAGGCAAGAUUCCAGCACUUCAGGAUUUUCCCCUUCUGUGGCUCAGGCAGAAGAUGAGGAUUGGGGAUAAUUGUUAGUGGCACUAU